AUCUCGUCCUUGGUUGAACACAAAGACUUCAUUCUUCUGUCAUUGAGAGGAAGGCCGGCAUUCUGGUUCAUUCCAAAUAUAAGACAAACUUGAAUUAUAACAUCCGGCCAGAGCUUGAUCAGGAUCCAUGGAGAAGAAGAAUGUAACUGUUGGUCCCUUCGGAGGCAAAGGAGGAAAGUCAUGGGAUGACGGGAUUUACACCGGCAUUAAGCAAUUCAUAAUAUACUCCGGACAAGUUAUUGACUCCAUUCAAAUUGAGUAUGAUCUGAAUGGACAGUCAAAAUUGUCCCAAAAGCAUGGUGGGGAAGGUGGAGUGAAAAACACGGUCAAAUUUGACAAUCCAAGUGAAUACCUCCUUUCAAUCUGGGGCUAUUGUAGUUCGGAUUCUGCACUUGAAUGUGUUCAAUCUCUCGCAAUUGAAACCAACAAAAAAACGUAUGGACCAUUUGGCACAGAGAAGGGAAAAUAUUUCAAGUUUCCAUUAACAAGUGCCAAGAUUGUAGGAUUCCAUGGAAGGUCUGGUAUCUAUCUUGAUUGUUUUGGAGCAUAUUUGGAGCCAAUUUCGGAUCCAAGUCAAUCCAUAUCUGUUGGGCCAUUUGGUGGCCAGGGUGGAGAUCAAUGGGAUGAUGGGAAGUAUAGUACAGUGAGGCAAUUGAUAAUAAGUUAUGGUUCAGUAAUUGACUCAGUUCAAAUUGAAUAUGAUGAUAACGGGAAGUCAAAAUGGUCUGUGAAGCAUGGUAAAAGUGAAAGUGGCACAAAAAGAAAGGUCCAACUUGAUUACCCAAAUGAGUACCUCAUCUCAAUCUCAGGAUACCUUACUGAGGAUUCUAAUGAGGCAGUGAUUCGGUCACUUACAAUUCAAAGCAACAAAAAAAAGUAUGGGCCAUAUGGUGUGGAGAAGGGAAAGCAAUUUGCAACCCCACCAUCAACCAAAGGAAAGAUAGUUGGAUUUCAUGGAAGGUCUGGUCUCUAUCUCGAUUCGAUCGGAGCAUACUUUGAGCCAUUCCCAGAUACACACCAACCCAUGAUUCUUGGACCUGUUGGAGGCUACGGUGGAACUCAAUGGGACGAUGGCAUUUACACAACAGUGAGACAGAUUAUUAUAUAUGCCGGAGUAGUGGUUGAUUCCAUACAAAUUGAGUAUGACAAGAAUGGACAGUCCAUAUUGUCUAACAAGCAUGGACAAAGUACUGGAGGAACCAAACACACGGUUAAAUUUGAGUACCCGAAUGAAUUUCUUGUUGCAAUCUCGGGCUACUACAGUUUGGAAUCUGCAUUUGUUGGUAUUCAAUCAAUCACAUUUCACAGCAAUCGAACAACGUAUGGACCAUUUGGCACUGAAAGUGGGAAACAUUUCAUGUUUUCAACACCCUCAACCGGCAACAUUAUUGGCAAAAUUGUUGGACUCUAUGGAAGGUCUGGUUAUCAUCUUGAUGCAAUUGGUGCAUAUUCCAUCUUGCACCCGAUUUCAUCUCUGAUCCCUCGCUUCACAACUGUUGGGCCAUUCGGUGGCCAAGGCGGAGUUGAAUGGGAUGAUGACAAGUACAGUGGAGUGAAGCAGUUAAUAAUAUAUGCUGGCUCAUUAAUUGACUCCAUCCAAUUUGAAUAUGAUAACAAUGGAAACUCCAAAUGGUCGGAGAAGCAUGGUAAAAGUGAAGGCGGUACCAAACACACGGUCAAACUAGACUACCCUGAUGAAUAUUUGGUUUCAAUUCGUGGGCACUACCGCGAUGCAUAUAAAAAUGUUGUUGUCGUUAGCUCCCUUACGAUUCAAAGCAACAAAAAAACAUAUGGACCAUUUGGUGUAGAACAAGGAAACACUUUCGAGUCUCCUCAAAUCGCUGGAAAGAUUGUUGGAUUUCAUGGAAGGUCCGGUGACUGGCUUGAUUCCAUCGGGGCACAUUUUCAGUUGUUUGAGCCAAUUUGAAUAGUAUAGUGGUAGAGAGUGGUUUGAUUCAUUGGAACUUAGCCAAUGAUGAGCCACUUCUAUCAUAUAUAGUAGUAUUUGGAUCAAUAAACAUGUGACUGCAGUGGAUGUGAGAAUAAUGGAUGCUCUGUGUUGUCCUGCUAAAGCUAGAGAGGCGAAAGUAGUGAAGGCAACACAAAGUUGUUUUGUGUUUUCGUUUGUGCUAUUGUAUCUUGUGAAAAUAUUUCUCUCGUACUAAGAUAUCAGAGAAGGAACCAAUGUGGUAUGUUGCCUCUGAUUUUCCUUAUAAUAAAACUUAAUUGGUGCAUUUUAUAUCAUAGAA